AUGGGGCUCCUCUCCGCGGACGCGCCGAGGAGCCCCGGGGACGACCGCCCGGCGGACCCGCAGAUAUGGGAGCAAGAGCUCGACGUCGGGACGAUUCCGUCGAACAUGGCGUUCGCGUGGCUCCCGAAGAGCUCGUGGGAGGCGCGCGUCAUGCGCGACAAGUCCGAGGUUUGGGCGUGGGAGGAGGAGCUCGCGAACGAGCUCGCGUCGCAGCUCGCGCUGUCGCCGCGCUCGCCGUUCAUCCCGCGCGGGGCGAAAGACUUGAAAGAGCACGAGACAAAAGUCGAGACGCGGAUGAUGACGCGCGACGACUUGAGACCGCGCGGCCGCGCGGAUGGAUUAUUCAGGACGCACGUGCCAAUGUCCCCGCGGUCCGCGCUCGAGAAGCGCGUCGUCCCGAAAGACGUUCGCGGGCUGAAAGAGGACUGGUGGACGAAAGAGGACCUCGCGCCGGCGAAGACGCCGCCGGUCGGGAAGAGCCGGCCGAGGCAGCGCGCGCUGUUCGAGGACGAGGACUUCAGCGCGGGGGGUGGGGACGACGACGGCUUCUACGACCCGCGGCGGCGUCAGGGCGGAUUCAACCGCGGAGGCGGAUUCGGAUCGUCGAGCCGCCGGACCGAGAGGGCGCUCUCCGAGACGCUCUCCGUCGUCCCCGGCGGCGUCGGGCUCGGGAACUGGUUCGAAGAGUACGGCAGCGACGGCGACGACUCGACCGGGGACAGAGAGGGCGAGUCGGAGUGGUGGGACCCGAGCGAGCUCGACCAGAGCGUCGUGAGAGACGCGAGCGGCGGGAAAGAGGGCGUCCUCGCCGCGGCGGCGGCGAGCGCCGCGGGCGCCGGGAAGGGACGCGCGGGAAGGGACGACGAGUGGGGGGAGUUCGCGAUCGCGGCGAAGGCCAAGGCUGCGGAGUCGGCGCGGAAGCGGAGGGACGCGGACGCGGCGAGGAUCGAGGCCGAGAGGGAGGCGUGGAGGGCGGAGAUGGACGCCGCGGAGAAGGCGGAGGAGGAGGAGGCUGAGGCGGCGCGCGCGGCGUUGCGCGCGCCCGCGACGCCGGAGCGCUCGCCGGAGCGCUCGCCGGGCGGUCGCGCGUCCGCUUCGAUGCCGAACUCCCCGGGCGGAGCGCUGUCGAGCGUGGAGGAGGGGGAAGAAGUCGGGUCGCCGGGGUCGCCGCCGCGGCCGAAGACGGCGCCGCCGAACGCGGGCGCGAAGGCGAAGAGCAAGGGGUGUUCGAUCAUGUGA